AUGCAGUUCUCUGACUUCACAGUGAUAUUUGCGCUCUCCGCAGUGGUUUGGCCUGCCGUCCAUGCCGAGCUUCAUCCUUCGUACACAAUAGACCAGGCUCCUGAGUUCGCUGCCAUGCCAACAAUUGUCGCAAGGGAUUCAAAGCCCCAGAUAGGAGCUGCAAUUGGUGCCAUCACCAUGUUUGGCCCACUGCCCGAUGGCUGCAAUCCGGACGGUACCACCAACAUCAUUCCCAUCGCCGACCCAAAAUUCGGUCAGUGCUAUCGUGCAGUCGGCGGCGACCUCCCCAUCGGAGCGCUUCACUUGGAAGGCGAUUACCCCUGCGACAACGGACAACGACCAGGUGUGAUAUACUGGCUCGAAGACUCCGCCUGUGCUCCCACAACGAAUGCCACCAAGAUGGACUCCAAGUUCUUCAAAGCCGGCGACUGUGUCACGCGGACUAACGAGGCGUUAGCGCAGUCCUUCAAGCUGGGAUGCAUCUUCGAAGAGCUGGAGACGCUGUUCCCUGAGCACGCACCGCCAGCAGUCGUUCAUACGGUCGUCCCAAAUGGGUUCACACCAGGCGCUCCUGUCCACAGGUCAACGCCUGUCUCUUCCUCUGGAGCUCUUGAUACCACCUUGACUCCAGUCGCUCAGGCUACCCAGCAGAACCCGGCCGCUCCGGAAGUUCCAGUCGCUUCACCGGCUUCAUCACCGCAGCCGAGUGCUUCGGCAUACUAG